UUGAGGACAGGAUUGAGCACAUAGUGCUGUGGGACAGCUCGCAAUCACGCGUCUGUGCUCGAUCUAGCGCUCUAACAUUUUAACCUUACGCGAUUUAAUGCGCGCAUUGACACAUCCAGUGCGCACCUUCUUUACGCGUCUGUCAUGGUCGUAGUUGUCUGAAUUAAGGAUUAUCGUUUUAGAUGGACAGAUCGUUAGUGUAUAGGACUAUAGUGCUUGUGCGUAUGACAGUUUGAAAUUGUAUGAUUGCUUGUUUUACUAACCAACGCUCCGCUCUUCGGACACUUUUUACGCAAUAGAAAACGUGUUAUUGUGCAAGUUUUUAGUUGGAAUCUGAUUUUCGGACGCACAAUUUUGGAGAUUUCUGUCUACGAGACUGUCGGACGGUGGUCCCCGUGUAUGGAUGUAGUGGGCGGCGGAGUGACGGACUGAGGGGUCGAGACGGACCGAUUCCGGGGUUCCAGACGCGCUUCCCCGAGACAACAGAGCAGCAUCAUCGUCCAAUCGAGCGCCUCCAGCAGCAGCCGAGAUGAUUCUUCUGGGACUAUUUCUAAAUCUGUUCUUCAUUGAGGGUUCAUUUCUCUCUGUGGUGCCGGUGUUCCCGGGGACUUUGGACUGCAUAGCUGCUGUACAGGAAUGUAUGCAGAACCCGGAGUGUAAGAGGCCGUUUCGUCACUUGGAAUAAUGCGUGGAUGAGGAGGCGGUGGCCCCCCUGACCCUGGAGACGCAGCAGACCUGCGUUGAUGCACAGAACAGCCUCAUGCACUAUCAGCCCCUGCAAGAAUGCAAAUGCCAACGGGGGUCACGCAUGGAGCAGCAGUGCCUGAGCGUUUACUGGACCAUCCGUUUUCCGCAGGGUUUUGAUGACAUUGAGACGUCCCCGUACGAAGACAUUGAACUGGAACUUGUGAGAAACACCGAAACAUCCAAACUGGCUUCGAUAGUUUCAGUGUCCUCUCUUCCUCUGACCGAUCAGAACCAGUGCCUGAAAGCAGCUCAGGACUGUGGCUUGUUUGAGAAGUGUGGUUCCCUUCGCUCCGAGUACGCGCUAGCAUGUACUAAAAUCAUACCGGGAACAAAUCACUGUAACAGGCACAAGUGCCAUCGAGCUCUGCGGCGCUUCCUGGAGCGCGUGCCCGAGGAGUACAGAUUCGGCGUCUUAUUUUGCCCCUGCUCGGACACUCUGUGCGGCGAGAGGAGGAGAAAAACCAUCGUCCCAUCCUGCUCCUAUGAGGAGAGAGACGGGCAGCCCAACUGCCUCCAUCUGGAGAGCUACUGCCUCAAAGACAACCUGUGCAGGUCGAGAUUGGCUGAUUUCCAGCAAAACUGUCAACCGUCGUCUCUUUCGCCCUCCGGCUGUCUCCGGGAGAGUGGAGCCGUGUGUCUCAAGGCCUAAGCUGGACUCAUCGGCACCAUCAUGACUCCAAACUACGUGAGUAACAGCAGUACAGAGGUGUCGCAGUGGUGUAAUUGUGAAGGCAGUGGAAACCAGUGGCAGGACUGUCUGCGUAUCCUACAUAUGUUCAACAGUAACAUCUGCUUGCGUAAUGCAAUAGAUAGCAUGGGAAGCUCCACCCCCCGUCCAGUGGAGGGCACACCCCUUCCUCCACCUCGCCCCUCCCCCCAGGUCCAGCGCAACGAUCUGAACAUCAACCUGCUGCCCGAACCUGAACUCGAGGUAGCGGAAUGCGAAGAAGAUGAUGAGGAAGAAGAGGAAGAUGAGAACGAAACCGGAGCAGGAGGCUUCAACGUCAUCCCACCCUUCUCGGAGAAGGUGACAGUCACUAAUUUGGGCUCCGAGGCGGGCAGGGUCCACAGCCGAGCCGCCACCCUCUCCGAGCUUCACUUCCUGUUCGCGGUUCUGCUGCUGAUUGCCCUCAGCUGGGGGUAGAAACCAACGCUCGCACACCUUCUCACACGCACACACGCACGCCGACACAAACUUUCACAUCAGACUCUAAGACCUGUUAUCGAGAGACGAGUGGAACGUCACAUCAGAGCGCUGGAGAGAGCGAAGCGAGGGGAAAACUCUUCUGUCCUUCUUUCUGUCUGUCUGUCAUUCAUUAUUUUUCUCCUGGGGAAGAGGCUCCGCUAUAGUUGUAGCUGCUUGGUCGUUAGGGAAUCGCUUUUUUUUAAUCGGAUUCCCCGAGCCAUUCGAAUCACGACUCAUCAGACUGACUGUAGCCGAUGAUGACCGAUUUGAUCACGUGAUGUAUCAUAUAAAGCUUCAGAUAUGGACGGAAAACUCCGGCUGUUCGAGACUUGCUACUUGGCUUUCUCUAAAUGUGCGUGUGCUGCAGCAUCGCAUUACCUGCGUUCAGUUGCAUUCAGAAACCCGCUGUGCUUAUUUGUUGCUGAGACGAAAUGUAUGUGUGUAUGUGGACGUGCAAGUUUGAUUCGCUUGACAUCGCAGCCUGUCGACAAACCAUGUCGAGCACGAUUCCUAAAUCUAUCGCAUUUCACAACCCCCGUGUCUCCCAAGUCAGGUCACACACCUAAACACGUGAGCACACGCGCCUGCCCCGGAUCGCGCGGAUGCAAGCGCUUUUCUUUUAUUGCUCUAUCUGCGAUGUGCAUUCAUUUUUUUGGACUCAGCACAGACUGUGCACUCUAACCAGGGGCGUAAAUAAAAAACACGUCCUUCGACAGAAAAAAACAACAUGAGUUAUAAAGGGGAAAUAAAGAAAUAAACAAACGAAAUAAAUAAAUAUAUCGCCGCACAGCAGGUGUCGGAGUCCGGUCUGGUGUUAGAACCCGGGGGGAUGAACAGGAAGUCAUUUUCCAGCCGCCCGUCGCCUGCUACCUCUCUCUGAGUCUGUUGUUUUACUUUCACAGAGAUAAUGGCUUACAACACAAACUGUUUAUCUUGUUGCAUGUUCACGCCGAAAGAAUUACUUGUGAUGGGAAAGAGAUAGAAAAGAGAUGAAGAGAAGAGAACACGGAGCGUCAAACCCUCCAGCAAAAAAAAAACAUACAGUCUGGAAUCACAUGCUUUUUCUGUUCCUUAUACAUCUUUUGCUGACACUGAGGCUUUUUUCAAUCUUGUUUCUUUUGCUCUCUCUCUCUCUCUUGAUUUGUUAUUGUGUAUGUUUAAGGAAGCGAGAGAGCAUCUCUGGGUUGUGGCUCGAAAGGCUACAGCUACGGCCGGAAGUGAUGCAAAAUCUCGCCAUAAAAUGACAAUAAAUUACAUUAGCUAACGCCUACACCUACCAUAACCCUAAACCUAACCUUACAAUAUAAAAACAGUAAGUAACUGUUGUUCAGCGUGACAAAUUAUGCGGUGUUGAAGUGCGCAUGCCCAGUGGAGGUAGCUGUAUCACUUCUAGUCUUAACAGCAUCUUUGUCUCUUUAGGAGUUUUCUUAAAGGGGUAGUUCACCCAAAAAUCUCAUUUGUGUAAUUGACCCUCAUGACUUUUUAUUUGUUGUGGAGCACAAAAUGAGAAGUUGUAUGAACUGUGCUGUUUGAGGUUUUCAAGAUUUCAAAAAACAUGACUAGGAUUUUGGGGCAAACUAAUCCUUUAAAGCACUUUCACUAUAGAGAGUUUAGUGUAGAUGUGAGUUCACUUGACAUCAGAAUUUGUUUCAUCUGGUUGGUGUGAAAGAUUUAUUUGAGACAUACGUGCACACCAGCAAACCGGUUCAAGGUGACUGUUAAUGUGAUUCCGGUUUAACGCAAUCCAUCUCAUUGAAAAAGUGAAUCGCUCUGAGGUUUUUGCAUGUUCGCUUAUUACAAAAUUAUGUAUUUCUAAUAGCUGCUUGUCUCAGAAUAAAUUGCUUUUGGACAGCAGCACACAUUCUCCGUGUAUAUUAGUGCCAGACUUACCAAUGUGACGCGACUUAAGUUUCUAUGUAAAUCCGAAGGGACAAAUAUUUAAAAAACAUGGCAAAACUGGCAUCUUUUCCCCCCCGAGUUGUUGUCUUGCUACAGUGGUAAACAGCUGCCGUUAAAACUCUCAGCGGCCCUCGUGUUGACAACGCAAACCCACCGUGAUUCUGAGCCAAAAGUAGGCCUACAGCCUGCGGGGGCCGGAGGAGGAGGAGGGUUCGGACCGAGCAAUCAAGCCAAGCCUUACAGCGUGAGGGCUGUACUCGAGAUGUCCGCCACCCCCCUCUUCCUCUCCGGAAGAAAUUAAAGCUCAGCUAAAGUGCUCAUAUCUCAUCCGGCGUUCACGCGAAGCACCUUAGAUUACACCGACACGACUUAACAAUCAGAUUCCGAACUGUUCUAUUAUGCGGAGGAACGGCCUGAUUGAACAGACGUUGUGCUUUUCGACGUCUUCUCCUCCAGCGCAAGGUCAGCGAGGCACGCAGCGCGCCCGCUCAAUCAGCAGGGUUAAUUAAGAGAAGAAACGCAGGCGCGUCGGGAUUGAUGCGCCUGUCGAGAUCGCGGGCGGCCUUUAUGAUGGCUGUUGUUAUUUUUUAAUUGUUAUCUGGGGCCAGUGUCGUCCGCCCAGCCGUAACAGAAGGAGGCGUCGGAUGAGUGACAUUAGAGUCGGGGAAGGCGGCAGGGGUGUCAGUAUUUCACACUAGAAUAUUUCAGAGAAAAAAAUAAAGCCAUGCGUUAAAUAAAUGCAAGUUGCGGGAAAGUUCGAGUGAGAAAGUUCGGUUGGAAAACGUAAUGAGUUGCCUACCUAGACUGAAUUUUAAGGCAUCGCUUCAGACGCCUUUUAAGAUGCCUGUUUUUGGGUGCAACCCUGAGAAGAUACUAUAUUUUAAUAAUACAUUUUCACGGCCAUGCCAGUUUAAACCGGAUUUUCCAACCGGAUUUAUUUUAGUCGGCUCUCUAAGUAGGCAGCUGCCCGUGUAGGCACACGCGGGUUUGGAACGGAGCGUUAGAGACGCGGCCCACACCAAAUUAGCCGUAGCAGUUUGUGUUGUUUGACUUUAUUCGCGUGUGCCGCAUUACAACCACGUUUUGGCCCGUACGAAGAUUCCUUGUGUCUGACAUUUCCUCCUUGCCCAUCUGUGCCUGUGUACACAGGAGAAACCCGUCGCGGCGGAUCCUCCGCGUCGAGCGCUGCAUCGCAGGGAGCAGGGGAACGGAAAAGAGAUAAACACACAAUAAGAGGGAUAAACGGAUAGGAGAGAGGAGGAGAGAGUGGGUUAGAGAAAAAGUACCCCAGUGAGAGCUGGAGAGAGAGCUGAAAGAGGGUAAAACCAGAGAGAGAGAGUAGUUUACCCUGUAGGCUCAUAGCUUUAUUAUUAUAGUAUGCGGACACUGAUUUAUUUGGCGGCUGCAGGCGCCCGUUCUGAAACUCAUUUUAGUGGUACUGAUGUUGAUUCUCUCUCUCUCUCUCCUCUGGCUCAGCAUUAUGAGGCCAGUGGACUGUGCCACCGUUUCACCCCACAAUGCACCAUCAAUUGCAUGAAAAUAAUCACCGCCGCUAAUGUUUUUCUAAUGAAGAUGCCCAAAAUAGUAUCUGUAUUUAAACCUCUUUUAUGGAGUGCACUUAUCUUUUUUUGUGGAUAACGCUGUAUUUUUUACUUUUAUUAAUGACUUGACGGAUUUGCGUUGUCUGUUUCCAGAGUUAAUUUUAAUGAAACUAUCAACAGUGAACACUCUGCCCAUAGUCUAUCUGAGCAUUUGCAGGCCCACAUGGAACUUGUGGAACUUCACAGAUAUACACAGAAUUAGAAAUCUUGCUCCCUUAUGUUCAUUUAUUUAAUAAUUUGCCCAAUUUAUGCUUUCGGCUGUUUGAAGAGACGUCCGCACUAAAAUGUUACUUUCAACAUAAGUUAAAAGUAGAAUACUGCAGUGUAAUUCGUAUUUACUAUAAUAAACCAUAGUACCGAAAAUAUAAAAGUAUACUUACACUUAUUUACCACAAUUUACUAUAGUAAAUACUACAGACUACUAUAGUAUACGCUUACAAAACGUUGUAAAAUAGUUUACAGCUCACUACAAUUUACUACAGUUUUUUCCGUAGUAAAUACUAAAGUGUACUUCUGAAUUUUUUCAUGUGGGUAUGUUCGUGUUCUGAAAUCAGUGUUAAGGGCACCCUAACUCAUUUCACUUGCUGCUGCACAUGCUCAGUCAUUGUUAAAGUUUCAUGUGAUGUACAAGGGCCUGACGUGGGAAAAUAGUACAAUAGCACACAAAAGCAGGUUUUAUAUCAUGGAUGAAAUUUCUUGCCAAGAAUUUUUUUGUUUGUUUUUUUGUGACUGGUUGAGUGGUUCUGCUGGGUACGCUGUGAUACGAGCAUGUCUCUCAUUGCAAUGUUGGAUUUGCCUUUGACACCCUGCCCGUACGAAAGCACCUGCUCUCAAAAACUCUCCCUCAAUUACUGCCCACCGGGUCACUUUGCAGACCUGUUGUACUGUGCCGGUCCUCCGCCGGUUUCUUCCCCUCUGCUCAUCUGUAUAAAAUCAGGUGUAAAAUGAGAAUUCACUGUUUCUGUGACCCAUGAUAAUGUACCAUCUGAAAUAAACUAAACGGAAAACAA